CCUUGGUUGUCUCUCUGCAUAUCAUGUCUGGUAGGUGAAACAAACACGUUUAGACGCAAUCAAUCGAAUGCCUAUUUGAAAAAGAUGGCGGCGUUCAUGCGAAGCAUGGGCUGUCGUCCCUUGGCAUCAGAAGUAAAAGCUAUAUUCAUGACAGGUAAACAGAACCCCUGUAUCGAUUUGAAGAGGUACGUACGCGCAUUAAGACGCCGACCCGUGAAGGUGUUGUACCCAGAGAAUGAAGCAGAAAAGCGAAUAGAAAAAAAACAGCACGAUGUCGGAGUCGUUGACCAGCGGUCAGAGCGUCAACAAACGUAUGUUGCAAAGAAGUCCGGCACUGAGAGCAGUAUAAAACACAAACAGAAAGCUGAAUUUGUAAAAUCAGAUUUCCGGAGGGAACCUAAACAAGACGCGAAAGCAACGACAAAAAAACCCUCUGUUGUUGGUGAGCUGGAAGGGUUGCGAUACGAGAAGGUCUUCCCUGGCGACAAGAGAUUGGCGAGAGCUGUGAGCGUUGCACGCUCCAGGAAGUUUCGGGAACAGCAGGGCAAGGUGCUCCUGGAAGGGAAGCGUCUGAUCUGUGAUGCUCUGUCGGCUGGGGCCAUUCCGCAGAUACUUUUCUUCAGUACAGUGGAACGACUGCGUGAGCUGCCUCUGGACAAGCUGAGGCGCGCCAGCCUGGUUAAAGUGAAAUUCGAGGACAUCAAGAUAUGGUCCGACCUCGUUACACCACAAGGAGUGAUGGCUAUAUUUUCGCGUCCAGAUGCGUCUCGGCUGGUCUUCCCCCAGGUCCAGUCGGUGCCGCUUUACCUGAUCUGUGACAACGUGCGCGACCCGGGAAACGCUGGCACCAUACUGCGUUCCGCUGCGGCCGCCGGCUGUCACAGCGUGCUGCUAACCAAGGGCUGCGUGGAUGUCUGGGAGCCAAAGGUACUCCGAGCAGCGAUGGGCGCCCACUUCCGUGUUCCCAUCAUUCCCAACCUGGACUGGGAAGUGAUUCCAAAUUACCUUCCGACCACAGUGACUGUCCACCUGGCUGACAACUGCAGCGGGAUGGAGGUCGAUGGAGACGGCGAGUCGUACGGGCCUCCAAAAAAAGCUGGGGACUACGGUUGGGUGAGCAGCAGGCCCAACAGCAAGAACAUGCAGUAUGAGGAGUACGACACUGAGUAUGAAUCCGAUUCGGACGAGGAGGGAGGACGCCCCAAGCUCUCUCUCCCAACCGUAGAGAGCCAGCUUUACCAUGCUAACUGGGUCCAGAGUCACACUGCACUCGUGAUUGGUGGUGAGACUCAUGGACUCAGCCUGGAAGCUCUUGAGUUGGCAGAGAGAACUGACGGCCAACGGCUCACUGUUCCCAUGGUUUCAGGGGUGGACAGUCUAAACUCCGCUAUGGCGGCGAGCAUUCUUCUGUUUGAGGGCAGGCGACAGCUUGCGCUACUUGCAGGGCAGUCUAAGGAGAAAGCAAGAACCAAAAUGCCAUGACCGUGACUCAUGUGUUUUACUGUGUUUUUUGUAUUUACAUCGUGGUUGUGUAUAAAUUCUUUGGCUAAGCUUCAA